UUGUUCUCGUCAUAUGUUGUACAACAACCCAAAAAAUAGAUAAAAGAGGAAACAAAAUCUCGAAAAGAGAGAGAUAUAUGGGUGAGGUGGCUUAUAUGGACGAAGGAGACCUAGAAGCAAUAGUCAGAGGCUACUCCGGCUCCGGAGACGCGUUUUCCGGCGAAAGUUCCGGUGGGUUUUCACCUUCGUUUUGCCUUCCGAUGGAGACGUCUAGUUUCUACGAACCGGAGAUGGAGACAACCGGUUUAGACGAGCUCGGUGAACUCUACAAACCCUUUUACCCUUUCUCCACACAAACGAUCCUCACGAGCUCGGUCUCUCUCCCCGAAGAUUCAAGAAGUUUCCGAGAUGAUAAGAAACAACGAUCUCAUGGUUGUCUUCUAUCCAACGGAUCAAGAGUUGAUCAUAUCCGAAUCCCAGAAUCCAAAUCAAAGAAGAGCAAGAAGAAUCAACAGAAGAGAGUUGUUGAGCAAGUGAAGGAAGAGAAUCUGUUGUCGGACGCAUGGGCGUGGCGUAAAUACGGGCAGAAACCCAUCAAAGGAUCUCCAUACCCAAGGAGUUAUUACAGGUGUAGUAGCUCAAAAGGGUGUUUGGCAAGAAAACAAGUCGAAAGAAAUCCUCAAAACCCGGAGAAAUUCACCAUAACAUACACUAAUGAGCACAAUCAUGAAUUACCAACCCGGAGAAACUCAUUAGCCGGUUCGACUCGAGCAAAAAAUUCCCAAACCAAACCAUCCUUAACCAAAAAAUCCGGAAAGGAAGUGGUUGUUUCUUCUCCCACAAGUAAUCCCGUGAUCGCAUCCGCCGAUGAAUCUUUAGUUGCGGUUCAAGAAAUGGGCAUUGUAGAAAUUAGUACCCACCAAGCAGCUGGAGAAAUCCAGGGCAUGAGUAACGGUUUACCAUCGGAUUUGAUGUCGGGGAGCGGAACUUUCCCGGCUUUUACCGGUGACUUCGAUGAACUAUUGAAUAGCCAAGAGUUCUUCAGUGGGUACUUAUGGAAUUACUAGAGAACAUUAGGUGUAUGUAUAUAUACAUAUAUUCAAACUUAUAUUAUAGUUUCAGCCAUUGAGGAAAAUGUAUAUUUAUGUCUAGUCUCUAGAAGAUUAGAGCGUCGUAAUUUUCGUCUUGUUUCCAACUUGAGCUUUAACCAAUAUAAUUCGAUUUUUCUU